GUCAAUAGCUGUGUUAUUGAUCUUGCUUCAAAGACCUACCAAAAUAACCUUAAUGCUCUUGGCAGUGGGGCUAGCAUACAGAAGGCAACAACGAGGUUGUCAACAUUACCUAUAAAUGAGAAGUUCAUAAUACUACGAGCAAAAAGGGUUACUACACCCUUUGGUCCAGCGGUGCUUGUGGAAUUAGAAAGCACAAAAGUCUUUCUUCCUACUCGGUUUUCUAAGAUGAGCGAUGAAGAUUUGGAGUACCUCAACAGUGGAAAAGUUCAUUUAACAUAUACUGGAAGAGUUGAGGAAAAUAAUAUGGACACAGUUAGUUUUUGUGUAGACUAAGAAGAGUGUUUAUAGUGUGUUUUAUAGUGUGUCUUGUAGAGUGUUUUAUAGUGUGACUAAUUACUUUGCGUUUAGAAAGAAGAAAAAUGUCUUUAGAAUUUAAUAAAGUAUGUGCACAUGGGAAUGUGAAGGUUGUAGAUGUCAACAGUUUUGUGGAUGAUGGGUGUGAUAGAAAACUUAAAGAUGAGGAUACACUCAACUUCAGAUUUAGAUUACACAGUGUCAGUAACAAUUUUUUAGAAUAUAAAAGGCUUCUGGAAGAAGUAAUUUUGAAAGAAAUAAAUGACAAGUUCUGUAAAGGUGAGCAUUACUUAGCUUAUCUGAGAUACAGCAAACUCCAGUGUACUUAUGAGACUGAACUUUUCGUAUUCAAUCCAAAAGAACUUGGAGUACACUACUUCAAAGAAUUGUUAUAUAUAUUACAGACAUCUUCGAUAUCAGAUUCUGUGUUCUGUAGAUAUGACCAAUGUGAAGCAGAGUAUCAUUUGAAAACAGAUUUCUCAAACAGAGAAAUCAAGUGUGUAUAUUCAAAUUGUAAGCAAUUACUUCUCGGUACAGAUAGACUGUACAAACUGUGGGGGCAUGGCUACUAGUGCUCUACCGCAAAAGCGAAGAAGUGAGCAAGCAGAUGUAGAAUUAGAAUGGACUGAUAGACAAUCAGCAUUCCGAAAACGUAUUUGUACUGGUGAAAUAUAUAAUCAUAACAUUCAAGACCCACGACUUUUUUUGGAAAGGUGUUUUCCAUUGUUUAAAACAAAUGUUGAAACAAAACAUCAGGCUUUGAAAAUCAAUUGUUCUCUUUUGUGCAUAUUCCUCUCACCAAUAUCUGCUGAGGAAAAGGAAAUUUAUAUUUCUUCUAAAAAUAAAGAGUUUUUUAUUUCUGAUGAUAUAUAUGCAUGGUACACAGAACAUGUUGUGGAGGCAAUCAUGAAAAAAUUUGAUUCAUUUCAAGAGAGAGAUUCAGGUUUAGCAUUAAAGGAAAUUGUAAAGCUUUGUGUAAAUCUUAAUGUAAAUAAAGGCUUUCGAGUUGGGGGGAAUCAUGAAUUGCCUGAUGUAAUUAGAGACAAGAGAGCAGUAGUUAGCAUACAUAGCAGUGAUAAUGAAUGUUUUAAAUGGGCAGUGUUAUGUGCUUUGUAUCCAGUGAAACAGAAUAAAUAUAAGUUGUCUAAUUAUAAAAAAUUUGAAAAUGAACUUAAUUUUACUGGAAUUCCAUUUCCAAUGGAGUUUAAAUAUCUUACUCAAUUCGAGAGGCAGAAUCCAGGUAUAUCAGUUAAUGUCUAUGGAAUUCAGUAUGAUAAUGGUGAUUGGAUGGUUGCAAGGAAAAAUAUUACUCAAAAUAAAGAGUUUAAUUUUGUACCUAUACAUAUAAGCAAACAAAGAUAUAAUAGGCAUGCAAAUCUAUUAGUACUUCAAACUGAUUUUUCUAAUAUUUAUCACUUCUACUGCAUAACCAAUCUAUCUCGUUUGAUGAGAUCUUCACUAACAAGCCAUAAACAAUCGAUUCACUUCUGUGAAAGAUGUUUGUGUUACUUUUACACAGAGGAUAAACUGAAGGUGCAUUUGGAAGAUUGUAUUAAAUUUCAGGCUGUGAGAACAGUAAUGCCAAGUAAAGAAACUAAAACUAUACAAUUUCAAAACUACUGCAAUAAGGAAAAGGUACCAUUUGUUAUUUAUGGUGAUAUUGAAUGUAUGUUACAACCUCUCACAACAUGUUCUCAAAGUAGUGAGAGAUCUCAUUCAGAACCUGUUCAUGUUCAUGUUCCAUACAGUGUUGCAAUGUAUGUACAUUGUACUCAUGAUGAAAAAUAUUCCAAUUUUUACUUGUAUAGAGGGUUAGAUUGUAUGAAGUGGUUUACUGAUAAUCUAAAUGCAAUUUCGGACAAUAUAUUACAGUACUUUAAGAAUAAAAAGCAAUUACAGAUGAAUGAUCAGGACAAAGAGUUCUUUGAAAACGCUAAAACAUGCCAUAUAUGUAAAAAACACUUCCUUACAACUGAUGUAAGAGUCAAGGAUCAUUGUCAUUUUACUGGAAAAUUUCGUGGAGCAGCACAUCAAUCUUGUAAUUUAAAUUAUAAGCCUAGUGUGAUAAUACCAGUAAUAUUCCAUAACUUAACGAACUAUGAUGCUCACUUUCUUAUAAAAGAUUUAUGUGAAUGCAAGGUAUCUGAUGAGGAGAAAGAAAUUUCAAAAAAGAAUGAAAGCCGUGUCACCUUAAUACCUACAAAUACUGAAAAAUACAAGUCAUUUACAAAAUAUGUGAAAAAAGUAAUAGGUGAUAAAUCAUUUGGCUUCAUUAAAUACCGAUUUAUAGACUCUCUAAAUUUUUUAGCUUGUUCAUUAGAAAAAUGUGUCUCAUAUAUGGAUAAAUGCUCUUUACAAUUAACAAGAAAAUAUUUUAAUGAUGAAAAUCAGUUCAGUUUAGUAUGUCAGAAAGGUAUAUUCCCAUAUGAGUAUAUCACUGAUGAAAUGAAAUUGCAAGAAACAAAACUACCACAGAGAGAACAUUUCCAAAGUCUUCUAACUGGUGAAACUGUAUCACACUUAGAGUAUAAACGUGCAUAUGAUGUAUGGGCUCUUUUUAAAUGUAAAACUAUUGGAGAUUAUUCAGAUAUAUACUUAAAAUCUGAUGUUCUAUUGCUUGCAGAUGUAUUUGAAAAUUUCAGAAAAUUAUGUCUUGAUACAUAUAAAUUAGAUCCUGCUCAUUAUGUAACAUCACCAGGUUUAGCUUGGGAUGCUCUUCUUAAAUCUACAAAUGUAAUAUUGGAGUUAAUUACAGAUGUAACCCAAUUACAAUUUGUUGAAAGAGGAAUCAGAGGAGGUAUUGUUCAUUGCUCACACAGACAUGCUGUAGCUAAUAACAAGUAUAUGAAGAGUUAUGAUUCUUCUAAGGUAGAAUCAUUCAUUGGGUAUUUUGAUGUAAAUAAUCUGUAUGGGUGGGCAAUGAUGCAAUACUUACCUGUUGGUAAUUUUAAGUGGUUAACAGCAGAUGAGGUACAAACAUUCAAUGUAAUGAAUGUAUUGGAUGAAGCUGAUGUUGGAUACAUAUUAGAAGUUGAUCUGAAGUAUCCCAAAAAAUGUCAUGACCAACAUCAAGAUUUUCCUUUGUGCCCUGAGAAAAUGAAAUCUCCUAAGAGUAAUAGUAAAGCCCCACCUAGAUUAAUGUGUACACUUUAUGAUAAAACGAAAUAUGUUUUACAUUACAGAAAUCUUAAACAAAGCCUCUCUUUAGGUCUUGAAUUAGAAAAGAUUCACAGAAUUCUAUCAUUUUCUCAGAAGGCAUGGAUGAAACCAUAUAUUGAAAUCAACACAAGAAAAAGGAUUCAAGCUAAAAACGAUUUUGAAAAAAACUUUUUUAAGUUAAUGAAUAAUAGUACCUUUGGUAAGACUAUGCAAAAUGUAAGAAAAAUGCGAGAUGUUCGAUUGGUAACCUCAUGGAAUGGUAGGUAUGGUGCAGCAGCAUAUAUUGCCCAACCAAAUUUUAAGAAGAGGGUUAUUUUCGAUGAAUCUUUAGUUGCUAUAGAAAUGGCAAAAACAUCAGUAGUAUUUGAUAAACCGAUUGCGGUAGGAAUGACAAUCCUUGACAUUUCUAAAACAAGUAUGUUUAACUUCCAUUAUAAUUAUAUGUUGAAAAAUAUACUACAUCUUUCACAUGAUGCAGUCAACUUUGGAAACAAACGUGUUUCAGGUUUGCGAGAUCCACUGGAGAACAGUGAUGCAUCUACCAAAAAGUAUGUUGAUAGUUCCAUAACUAGUCUUAGAAGCAACCUUUCUUCUCCUAAGGAAAAUAAUGAUGCUAGCACAAAGAAAUAUGUGGAUGAUUCAUUUAUACAGCUUAAGAAGCAGUUUGAGCAAAAAAUGGACUUGAAAUACAAGAGCUUCUUAGAGUCCGAUGAUAGAACCAAUGUCAUGCAACUUAAAGGUAAACGACUAAGUGGGGUCAUAGAUCCAUUAAUAUCAAGUGAUGUGGCUACAAAGGGUUAUGUGGAUAGAAAAUAUAAUCAGUUAGAAGUAAAAAUCAGACCACUUGUCGAUUCCUAUAAGAUUCCUCAGAAUGAUUUACUACUGAAUAAUUUAUCAGUCAGGGAAGGUGUUCUUGAUAUAAACAAUAUGAGAAUUGAAAAUGUUUUGGAUCCAAUUAAUAUGUAUGAUGCUGUUAAUAAGAAAUAUGUUGAAAAUAUUGUAAAAAAAAUCGAUCAUAAAGUAACAUCUAUGUUAGAAAAUGAGAAUAAUAUUCGAGUUAAAAUGUCACAGCCUAAUAUAAAUAUGUUAGAUCUCUUUGGUGUAACAGAUCGAGUGUUUGAUAUACAACAUAAGCGUGUUGCAAAUUUGCGAGAACCAAUAAUAGAAACAGACGCAGCUAACAAAGCAUAUGUAGAUAAAACGCUCUCUAAAGAAAAAGAGAUUAAAAGAAAAAAACAAUUGGAGGAAGAAUUGAAGCCAGUUUCUGAUCCUCUGAGAGAACUUGUUUCUAUUAGUAAAAGAGAAAAACUUUCAUAUCCUACAUUUACAGCAUCUCAUUAUAAAGAGGAAGUGAAACCAGAAAAUCUUAUUUCACCCGAUGUUAUAUCAUAUGAUCAAGAGGAAAAAGUGGAAGAUGAUGAGAAACCAGAUAUUCUCACUUCACCUGAUGAGACAUUAGUAUCAUCAAUAUUAAGGCAAAUUCCUCCUAAAGAACGUGAUGAAGUGUAUGGUAUGAGAUAUGAUCUCCGUAAUGGGUGGAUGAUAGGGAAUGAAAAAGCGGUAAUUGAUGGAGCGGAUAUAAUCAUUAAUGAUGUAACAUACAAUGGUUCAAAAGGAUUAUAUAAUCUACUUCUUAGAAAAAAACCUUUAGCUAGAAGCUAUACAAAAUCUGAUCUUCUUACGUAUGCAAAAAUUUUAAAAGCUACCAAUGCCCAUAAGAAAGGUUAUUCUGCUCAUAAACCAGUUAAUAUUAAUAACAGUAUAAAAUAUAAAACAAUCAUACGACGCAUACUUCAUUUAAAUCGGUCUGAUGUAAGCGAAGUUCGAAAAUCAUCUCGAGCAAAUUUACUAAAAGCACAUCGUCAGCUAAGUGAGGAAACUUUGGAAAGUGAACCUAGUAUUCAUAGUGGUAAAGGAAUUACUGUAGAUGAGAAAGAAACAGAAGGUAAUGUUCCAGAAGUAAAACAGUGGAAGACAUAUAGCAGCAAUUUACCUCCUGAUUAUGUGUACUGGGAUGACCCAAAUGAACUUGUUGAACGUCUUUUCUUUUUGCAUGGGCCAAAAGCAGCAGGUAAUUCAUCACAUGACAAUGAGAUUAUUUCUAUUGAAGAAGAAUUACGAGAAGCUGGAAUAAUUAUGUAA